AUGGAUAACGUUGUAAAUAGUGAGAAAAAGUUAAAAAAUAAAUUAGCAAUACCAAUUACAACAAUAAAGCAAGAUCACAAUAACUAUGAUAAAUGUUAUUUUCAUAAAGCAUCAUCAACCACAGAAAAUGAAAUCGAUAAUGACUAUUUUAAAAUCAAUGUAGGAAUCGACUCAAAUAAUGGUGAAAUUAAAUCAACCGAAAUCCAUCUAACAAAAUCCGAAGUAUUAUUAUUCCAAGAGUUAAUGCAUGUUGUACGUAAUAGUAAUUGUGGCACAACAUUAAGAGUUGCUGGUGGCUGGGUAAGAGAUAAAUUAAGAGGCGACGAUUCAAAUGACAUUGAUAUAACUUUAGAUAAUAUGAUGGGCGAAUCAUUUGCAGAAUUAGUAAACAAACAUUUAUCUGGUAAACAACAUCAAACCCACAGAAUUGGUGUAAUUCAAUCAAAUCCCGAGCAAUCAAAACAUUUAGAAACCGCAACUGUUAAAAUUUUCGACCUUUGGAUUGAUUUUGUAAACUUACGUUCUGAAACCUAUACUGAUAACUCAAGAAUCCCUGAAAUUAAAAUUGGUACACCAUUAGAAGACUCAUUAAGAAGAGAUUUAACUAUUAAUUCAUUAUUUUAUAACAUCAAUGAAAAUAAAAUUGAAGAUUUUACAGGAAAAGCAAUUACUGACUUGAAUUUGGGUAUUAUAAGAACACCAUUACCACCAUUAACCACAUUUUUAGAUGAUCCACUCAGAGUUUUUAGAUCAAUUAGAUUUGCAAGCAGAUUAUAUUUUAAAAUUGACCAAGAAUUAGUAGAGGCUGCAUCAAACGCAGUCGUUAAAGAAGCAAUCAAAUCUAAAAUUUCACAUGAAAGAAUAGCAAAAGAAUUUGAUGGAAUGUUAGGAGGCAAAAGACCAGAUUUAGCAAUCUCUUUAAUUUAUAGAUUUGGUAUUUAUGAUUGUUUAUUUAGCUUACCAACAUCAGGUUUAGACCACACCAAAGUUCAUACCGAAUAUCGUGAACAAUCCAUCUACUACUGCUCACAAGCUAUGAGACUUAUUGAAUGGGGUAGUCAAGAUGAGGAGCUAUCAACAAAAAGACAAAGAUUAUUAUCAGCACUCUGUAUCCCAUUCUAUGGUAUCACAUACUUAAAUGCGAAUAAAAAGAAUAAAGAAACCUCUGUAAUCCACUAUAUGAUCAUCGAAUACCUCAAACUUUCAAAUAAAGACAAUGAUGAAAUCUCUUUAGUUUUGGACACUGCUUAUCAAAUCAGACCUCACGUAUUAAAAUAUAAAGAAGAGGGCCCAUCAAGCUUUAGUAGAAAAAAUGUUGGUCUCAUCAUCCAUAAAUGUGGUGUAUUAUGGAGAGCUGCUUUAGCAAUUGCUUUAAUUUUAGAUUUACCAAAAUACAAUUUUAAUCAUUUUAAUUUCCCAACCUUGUGCGACGAAUCAAAUUUAAUAAUAAACCACUAUAAUUUAUUUUGCGAUGAAAUUAAAGAACAAGAUUUAAUAGGUAUUUGGAAAAUUAAAAGAAUGUUAAAUGGUAAACAGGUACAAGAUUUAUUAAAUAGAAAACCAGGUGAAUGGUUAGCCCCUGUGGUUCAAUCUAUUUUAGAAUGGCAAUUAGAAAACCCAACUUUAAAUGAAAACGAUUGUAAAAAAUGGUUAUUAGAAACUUUUAAAUAA